CUGGGCCACGCCAGCAGGUGUGCUAAAAGCACAGUCAGAGGGUGUGAAUCCUGGCGGCUGUGGGAAGCACUUCCUUUCCCCAGGAGGUCGGCGGAGAGCCUAGUCUUUAACCAGGAGCCCACAACUCAACUCCACCCCUUGAUUUUUCAGAACCUGAGGGAGGGGGGAAGUUUGAGGGGACUCUGAGGUGCUGGGGCAGGAACCAGGUAAGGGAUCUGAGACAGCGGUGGACCAAGGCCACCGUCAGCGUCACUCAGCACUGGAGGGUGGGUGUAGCAGGGAUUUUCAGCCGUUUCCAAGCCGGGAAGAGAGGCCCCAGAGCACAGAGAACUGCGAAGCUUCCUGCUCAAGUUCCGUCUGAGUCUUGACGUGGCGACUGGCAGCAACUCAGGUGCAGCACAGCUGGCCGGCAUCUCGAAGCUGACCUGAAGCGCUCCAGGGCCGGAGCAGCGUCCGGGUCGGGGCACCCAGGUACCGCUGGAAACACAGGGUUUGUCAGAACGUCAAAACAUCCACAGAACAGACAGCCAAGACAACAGGGCUCCCAGCGCCGCCUUCCUACUCCCCAGUGCCUGGCCUGCCCACCCAGGGUCCUGUCCCAUCCUUGGUAACAGAGGGACUUCCUGGGAGGCCCGCUGUAAACAGCUUUGUUGGGCACACCAGCCACCCUCCCCACUGGUGUGGACGACGUCCAAAGGGUCCUGGGAGGAACUUGCAGGACCUGGGGCCCCUCUGCCACCGGUGUGAUCCUAAGCUCACUGUCCACUCGCUGCCACUUGGCAGUAUCGUCAGAAACUGGAGAGAAGGGGCAGACAGUCUGCUUUCCGUUCGGGUCUGCUGCAUGGGGACCCCAGACCUUUCCGAGCUGUGGGGUCCAGCUGCGGGUGUUUGUUCCCUCGGGCUUCCCCUCCUCCUCCCCUCCUUCCCCUCCCUCUUCUCCUGCCUCCCCAUCCCUCUUCCUCUCCUUUCUCCUACUCCCCUUCUUUCUCCUAUCCCUACCCCCUCCUCCCCUUCCUCCUUCUCCCCUCCCUCCCCUGUUUACCCCUUGACAAUUUCCCGGUUCCUGCUCUGUGCCUGGCUCCUGCCGCUUUCCCUCUGGACAGCUCUGCGGUGCAUCACUGAUCGCUCAGCUGCCACUGUUCUUCAGCACCAGUGAUCCCUCCUCCCCCGGAAGCCUUCCUCUCUCCCUCUUCAACACCACACCACUUCCCGCCACGUCCAGUGGAAGUCUCAGUCCUCCGUCAGCCUGUGAGACCGGGACCCAGUGUGCUCUGAGGUCCCCAAGGUGUGAGCCAGGCCUUGUUCCGGGAUUUGUCACAGGAAGAGAAGGAGGCAUCAGAGCCAGUGCUGGGGCUGAAGCUGGCCCAGGGGGAAGAACCCACAGGGGAGAGGCCCUCCCAACCUCCCCCACUUCUGCUCCAGUGUGGAACCCAGGAGACCCUCCCCAGAGCAGGAGCUGCUGAGCAGGGGCUGAUAGGUGCCCUCCCUUGGCUCCCUGCUGCACAGCCGUGGGAGGGAGGGUGCAGGAGGAGGGGUCGGGCUAGGAGGAGAGGGUGGGGAUGGGGGAGCUCGGGGUGCUCUGGGCAAAGCCUCCUCUGCUCCACCUCUCCCCACUCAGGCUGAGACGUCUAGCGUUAUGGGGGCACUCGUUCUAGUCCUGUGGGCUCUGCUGAUGUCUGCAGAGUGUGCUGGCAGCCCCACAGGGCCAGGUGAGAACCUGAGCUGCUACCAGUGCUUCAAAGUCCCCAGCCGGGCGUUUUGCACACCCACCGCAUGCGCCUCCACGGACCGGGUCUGCGUCUCCAACGCGGUGGUCUUCACCCUGAGAUUAAGGGUGAAGAUUUUGCUCAGCAAGCGCUGUGCUCCCAGGUGUCCCAACACCAACAUGAAGUUUGAAUGGUUGUCAGGCCCCGGGCUAUUGGGCCAAAUCAUCAGGCAGUGCUGCUUGGGGUCCCUCUGCAACGGGGCACCCACCCCUCAGGAGAGUCACUGGGCCCUUCCGAGGGGGCUCCUGCUCCAGGUGGGCCUUGGCCUCCUCCGGGCCCUGCUGUGAGCCCUGGCCCCUCAGCCCUGCAGCCCCACCUGUCCUCCCACCUCCAGCCUCUGUCCUGCUGCCAUCCCUCUCAAGACCCUGGGUGGGACACUCCCCGCUCUGAGGCAGUCACAGGGGCUAUCACCUCCCCCUGGAUCCAGCCGCCUCUCCUGUCCCCAGGGCCCUUUGCUCACACAGCCUGGAAACGGAGCCCCACUCCAAGUGGGGAAGAAUGGGUGUUUCCCAGUUUGGAGUAACAGCCACUGCCCUGAAUGUUCUGUCCAGGGCCCCGUGAGGGGUAAAAAGAGCCCAGCCAGGAUAGAGGAAGCUCAGCCCUGACUCUGGCUCGCCCAGUUCUGUGAUCGUGGCCCCUCCAGCACCACCGUCCUGGCUACCUCUGUCCGUGGCCCAGGCAGAGUCUUGCGGUGGGACUGUGACCUUCACUCCUUCCGGAGACAAUAAAGU